AGAAGAAAAAGCAAGCCUUCGCCAGAGCUGAGCAGGGCACUGCGGACGCCAUCAGCCAACGGGCCACCAUUGGGAAGCAGAUCUCAGAGGUGAGUGCAUCGCUGGAGGACAACCGAACUGCGGCAGAAAGGGCUACUACCGAGGCAGUAGCCGAAGGUGUUGCUGCCAAGAAAGCCCUUCAGCAGUUGCAUGUCCUGAAUGAAGCUGCACCCGUGGUGCAAGGUGACCGCAGUCCUAUGGUGGAGAGCCAACAGGAAUCCCGAGCUGUUGCACAGACUGAGGCUUCCUCAUCCGGUUUGCGAGAGGAGCUGGGGCAAGCACAGGAGGUGUUGUCUCAACGACAAGCAGCUCUCUCAGCCCGUGAAGAGAGCGUCGCCAACUCUGAGGAGAUGUUUUCUCAGCGGCAAGCUGCUGUCUCAGCCUGUGAAAAGAGCAUGGUCAAGUUGCAGGAAGAGCUGAAGCAAGCACAGGAGGUGUUGUCUCACCGGCAAGUUGCUCUCUCAGCCUGUGAAGAGAGCGCCGCCAACUCCGAGGGCGUGUUGCAGCUAGCAGAGUCCGAGCUGAACACUUACACUUUGGAGUUGAAGGCGAUGAGCUCGGAAGAGGUUGAAGGUGUGCCUGUUGAGAUUGAGAAGGAGCACCAAGCCUUGGCAAAAGCUGAGCAAAGCGCUACUGCCGCUGCCACCGCCGCCACCAUCCCCGAAUCUGCGCAGGCAGAUUCAGUCGCCCAACAGCACACUGGUGCAGAGCUGGAGGACACCCAAAUAGCAGAACGCACUACUUCUGAGGCAGCCAAAGAUGUUGCUGCCUCGAACGCCCUUGAGCUGUUGGAUGCCCCGAAUGACGAAGCAACUGCCAUGGAUGAAGGGGCAGGCUGGAUAACGACUGAUAUCGACUGA